AUGCCCUUUACUGAGGAAGAAAUUUUCUUAGCUCUGAUGGAAAUGAACGGAGACAAAGCUCCAGGCCCGGAUGGGCUUACUAUGGCCUUUUGGCAAUCUUGUUGGGAUUUUCUGAAGAAGGAGGUUGUAGAGUUGUUUAAGGAAUUUUAUGACCAGAAAUCUUUUGCCAAAAGCCUAAAUACUACCUUCUUGGUCCUCAUCCCAAAAAAAGGUGGGGUUGAGGAUCUUGGGGAUUUUCUGCCCAUCAACCUUUUAGGGGGGCUGUACAAGCUUCUGGCCAAAGUGUUGGCCAAUAAGCUGAAGAAGGUGUUAGGUAAGGUGGUCUCGGCUGAUCAAAAUGUGUUUGUGAGGGGAAGACAGAUUCUGGAUGCCUCUCUCAUAACUAAUGAGGUGGUUGAUUAUAGGCAGAAGCGGAAAGAGAAAGAGCUAGUUUACAAACUGGAUAUUGAAAAAGCCUAUGAUAGUAUUAAUUGGAACUUCCUCAUAAAGGUUUUGCAUAAGAUGGGCUUUGGGUCUCCAAGGAAGAAGCAUCUAACUCAUCUUGGCUGGAUUUUGGCGUGGUUUGAGGCGGCUUCUAGUCUUAGGAUUAAUCUGGCCAAGAGUGAAUUAAUUCCUGUUGGGGAGAUUGAAGAUAUUGAGGAAAUGGUUGUGGAGUUAGGGUGCAAAGUGGGGGAUUUUCCUGUUAAGUAUUUGGGGUUGCCUCUUGGAGCCCAUCAUAAGGCCUUGUCUAUGUGGGAUGGGGUAGAGGAAAGAACGAGGAGAAGAUUAGCUCUUUGGAAAAGGCAUUAUUUGUCUAAGGGCGGGAGAAUUACCCUCAUUAAAAGUACAUUAGCCAGCAUUCCCAUAUACCAAUUGUCCAUUUUCCGAAUGCCCAAGUUAGUGGUAAAAAGGCUUGAAAAAUUACAAAGAGAUUUUCUUUGGGGAGGGGGAAGCUUGGAAAGGAAAAUCCACUUAAUCAAUUGGGACGUGGUGUAUACUCAAAAGGAGAAGGGGGGUCUUGGCAUUCGAAAGAUUGUUUUAUUAAACAAGGCUUUGCUGGGUAAGUGGAUUUGGAGGUUUGCCUUUGAAAAAGAUUCAUUUUGGAAGAAGGUGAUCGGGGUGAAGUAUGGCCAAGAGGGAUGUGGUUGGAGGACUAAUGAAACUCGUGGUACUUUUGGAGUGGGGGUUUGGAAGGAGAUCCUGAAGGAGGCAAGUUGGUGUUGGGAUAACAUUGAGUUCAAGGUGGGGAGGGGGACUAAGGUCAAGUUCUAG